UUGGGGCCUCGGGGCCUUACGCACGGCACGUGCAGGAGGAAGUGGCGCUGUCAGUCCGCGCACUUAGUAUCCUCUUCAACGUGGAACCAUGGGAGGCCUGGAGAAGAAGAAGUAUGAACGAGGCUCUGCCACCAACUACAUCACCCGAAACAAAGCCCGGAAGAAGCUUCAGUUGAGCCUGCCCGACUUCAGACGGCUGUGCAUCCUGAAGGGCAUUUAUCCCCAUGAGCCCAAACACAAGAAGAAGGUUAACAAGGGCUCCACGGCAGCCCGGACUUUUUACCUUAUCAAAGACAUCAAGUUCCUCCUCCAUGAACCCAUUGUCAACAAGUUCCGGGAAUACAAGGUGUUUGUCCGCAAGCUCCGGAAGGCCUAUGGGAAGAGCGAGUGGAACACUGUGGAGCGUCUGAAGGACAACAAGCCCUACUACAAGCUAGACCACAUUGUCAAGGAGCGGUACCCCACGUUCAUCGACGCCCUUCGGGACCUGGACGACGCCCUCUCCAUGUGCUUUCUCUUCUCCACAUUCCCCCGGACCGGCAAGUGCCACGUGCAGACCAUUCAGCUGUGCCGCAGGCUCACUGUGGAGUUCAUGCACUAUGUCAUCGCCGCUCGGGCCCUGCGCAAGGUCUUUCUGUCCAUCAAAGGCAUUUACUACCAGGCCGAUGUGUUGGGGCAGCCCAUUGUGUGGAUCACGCCCUAUGCCUUCUCCCAUGACCACCCAACAGACGUGGACUACAGGGUCAUGGCCACCUUCACCGAGUUCUACACCACCCUGCUGGGCUUUGUCAACUUCCGCCUCUACCAGUCACUCAACCUGUACUACCCACCCAAGCUCGAGGGUCAGGCCUGCACAGAGGUGACAGCCCAUGAGGACAGCUAUGCGUUGGACUCUGAGAGUUCUAUGGAGAAACUGGCAGCCCUCGGUGCCAGUCUGGCCCGCGUGGUGGUGCCUGCAGAGGAGGAGCCUGAGGUGGACGAGUUUCCUGCUGAUGGGGAGAUUGCGGCACAGGAGGAGGACCGCAGGAAGGAGCUGGAGGCGCAGGAGAAGCAUAAGAAGCUCUUUGAGGGCUUGAAGUUCUUCCUGAGCCGCGAGGUGCCCCGGGAGGCCCUGGCUUUCAUCAUCAGGAGCUUUGGAGGAGAUGUGUCCUGGGACAAGUCUGUGUGCAUCGGGGCUACCUAUGAUGUCACAGACUCGUGCGUCACCCACCAGAUUGUUGACCGGCCCGGGCAGCAGACACCUGUCAUCGGCAGGUACUACGUGCAGCCGCAGUGGGUGUUCGACUCUGUGAACGCCCGGCUCCUCCUCCCCGUGGCAGACUACUUCCCUGGGGUGCAGCUGCCCCCACACCUCUCGCCCUUCGUGUCGGAGAAGGAAGGAGAUUACGUUCCCCCUGAGAAGCUGAAGCUGCUGGCCCUGCAGCGGGGAGAGCACCCUGGAAAUUUGAAUGAAUCGGAAGAGGAAGAGGAGGAGGAGGAAGACAAUGACAGUGAUGGUGAUGAAGAGGAAGAAGAUUUGGAGGCUGAUUCGGAAAAGGAGGACGAGGCCCAGCUGACAGCUCUGGAGGAGCAGAGGAUGGAGGGGAAGAAGCCCAAGGUGAUGGCGGGCACCGUGAAGCUGGAGGACAAGCAGCGGCUGGCCCAGGAGGAAGAGAGUGAGGCCAAGCGCUUGGCCAUCAUGAUGAUGAAGAAGCGGGAGAAAUACCUCUACAACAAGAUCAUGUUUGGCAAGAGGCGCAAAAUCCGUGAGGCCAACAAACUGGCAGAGAAGCGGAAAGCCCACGACGAGGCCAUGAGGUCUGAGAAGAAGGCCAAGAAGGCAAGGCCAGUGUGAGUGGCAGCAGCCUCUUGAUGGGCCAGGCCAGCUCUGGGCAGCUGGACUUGGCACAGGCAAGCGAGAGGACCAGGGCUCGGUGGCAGGCCGGAGUCCCAGAGUGUCUUCUGUUUUCAUUCUCCUCCUCCCUCCCGCCGGCCCUGGCCUCCUCUCUUGCUCUCUGGCUGGGCCCAUGGACAGCCCCGGCCUCCCUUGGAUGGAGCUCUCGCAGAGAAGAGGUGUCUGUGCCCAGCUGUCUCUCCUAGAAGUCAGAGACGUGGGGAGCAGGGCCUCACCAGCCCUUCACCAGCUGCUCCUGUUCACUGUGGCUUUCACAGUUUCCCUCGCACACAUGGUUGGACCCGUGGUUCUCUCGGUAUUGCGAUGGGGGGAUAGUGGGGAUACAUUGGUUAUUAAAUGGCUGGAGUUUUGCAGCCAGUUGGA